AUGAAUAACCGCGAUGACUGCUUUGUAUAUGGAUUCGCUAUCUUCACAUUUAAGGCUGGCGCCAAGCUGAAAUGGUGGGUUGAUCCCGCUGGUGCCAUGAUUAUCGCCUCUGUCGCUAUCGUCACCUGGAUUAGCACUGUACACUCGGAGUUUCUGGAGCUCUGUGGACUAGGAGCCUCUCCCAGUUUAGUCGACACAGUCCGCGCUUAUCACUGGGGCGAGGAUUUGUUUGCCGAGGUGGACAUUGUCAUGGCGCCUGAGUGCAGUCUUCGCGAGACCCAUGAUGUUUCCCAAGAACUACAAGACAAGCUCGAGACGGUCGAAGGUUUCGGUCGAGCUUUUAUACACGUCGACUACGGUUCCCGAGCAUCGCAAAACCCGAUGACGGACUUCGAGGCUAUAUCGACAGCCACAGAGGAUCCUGGUAAUGUGCGCCACCGACCCUAG